AUGAGUUCGCAAGCCGAAGAGGGCUAUUCGGAGCCCAAGGGACUCCAGGAAAAAACCUCGGUCGAAGCUGGCCCCAUUGCAGAUGUCCCUCCGCUGGACGACGCCGCCAAAGGUCGUUGGGAACGCAGCUGGCCCACCAUCGCCUGCGGUGCUGGUCUUUUCUCGGAUGGCUAUCUCAAUGGCGUGAUCGGUCAGGUCAACACCAUGCUCAGCACCAUAUAUCCGGAUACGUACAAGAACUCCCCCGCCAGUCAGAAUGUGUCUGCGAUCGCCUUCGCAGGCACUGUCGUUGGCAUGCUGGUCUUCGGAUACACCAGCGAUGUGUACUCGCGCAAGUGGUCUCUGAUGAUCUCGACCAUUAUUCUCUUCGUCUUCGCCGCCCUCUCGGCUGGUUCCUACGGUGCGCAUGACAGCCAGUAUGGCCUGUUUGCCGCUCUCACUGCUUACCGAUUUUUCAUCGGCAUUGGCAUCGGCGGCGAGUAUCCUGCUGGAUCUGUUGCGUGCGCCGAGAACACGGGAGAGCUCAAGAGUGGCCACCGUAACCGCUGGUUCAUCAUGUUCACCAACUUCCAAAUCGACUUCGGUUUUGUUGUCUCGGCUUUCGUCCCCAUGGUUCUCUGCCUGAUCUUCACGGAAGACCACCUUCGUGCUGCCUGGCGUGUCGCCCUCGGCUUGGGAGUGAUUCCGCCUCUCAGCUUGGUCUACCUGCGGUACAAGCUGAACGAACCCGAGGAGUUCGAUCGCGAGCGCAUGCACACGUUCCCAAUCCGGUUGAUCGUCAAGUUCUACUGGAAGCGUCUGGCCGCAGUCUGUCUGAUCUGGUUCAUUUACGAUUUCUCGUCGUACUCUUUCGGAUUGUAUUCUUCGAAGUGGCUCUCCAUCAUCGAAGGCGGCAACGCACCCAUGUGGAAGACCUUCGGCUGGACUACCCUCACCUAUCUUUUCUACAUUCCUGGCUCCGCUCUCGGUGCCUUUUCGAGUGACUGGAUCGGACCCAAGAAUACGCUUGCCCUCGGAGUUUUCCUCCAAGGUGUGGUCGGCUUUAUCAUGUCCGGUUGCUAUAAGUGGCUGGCAACCUCGGAGAACGUGGCUGCUUUCGUCGUGGUGUAUGGAAUUUUCCUUGCCCUUGGAGAAUUUGGCCCCGGCGACAACAUCGGCCUCUGUGCGGCCAAGACCAGUGCAACUGCCAUCCGUGGCCAAUACUACUCAUACGCAGCAGCCAUCGGCAAGAUCGGAGCCUUUGUCGGAACCUACGUCCUCCCCAUCGUGCAGAAGAAUGCCCCCAACAGCAUUCGGUCCGGCCAGGAUCCUUUCUUCGUUUCCAGCUCGCUGUGCAUAUUCAGUGCCGCGCUCGCCGUGUUCCUUCUGCCGCAGAUUAACCAGGACACCAUCACCGACGAAGACGCUCGGUUCCGCGAAUUCCUUGCUCAGAACGGCUACGACGUUUCGACCAUGGGUACCCCUGGUCACGGCGCUCGCAUCGACGAAGAGUAA